AAGCCCCUCAUCUCUUCUCCCCCCACGCCCUCCCUCCUAUUCCUUCUCCAAAUCCAUUUCCAUUCUCUCCAUAUCUCCCCUUCCUCCAAGUCUUGCUUCGCCGCCGCCGCCGCCACCACCAUGCCAGAAGCUCCCAAACCCAUGCAGACCUGGGCCUCUGCCGCGGCACCGGAGGAGCACCGCAAGGUUCUUGACUACGUCGAGGAUGUGACUGUUAAUGCCGACGAGGUCCAGCGCCGCGUGCUCUCGGAGAUCCUUACCCAGAAUGCACCUGCCGAGUAUCUGCACCGCCAUGGGCUGUCCGGCCACGCCACCGCCGACCCCGACGCCUUCAAACGCCUCAUCCCUGUCAUCACCUACGAAGAUCUCCAGCCCGACGUCCUCCGCAUCGCCCAUGGCGACACCUCGCCCAUCCUCUCCGGCCGCCCCAUCUCUGAGUUCCUCACUAGCUCCGGGACAUCGGGCGGCGAGCGCAAGCUCAUGCCCACGAUCCACGAUGAGCUCGACCGUCGAUCGCUUUUCUAUAGCCUGAUGACGCCGGUGAUGAGCCAAUUCGUGCCGGGCCUCGACAAAGGCAAAGCAAUGUACCUCUACUUCGUGAAAUCGGAGUCCCGGACCCCCGGCGGCCUCGUCGCCCGCCCGGUCCUCACCAGCUACUACAAGAGCCGCCACUUCCUCGAGCGGCCUUUCGACCCCUACAACAUCCUCACCAGCCCCAACGAGGCCAUCCUGUGCCCGGACUCGUACCAAAGCAUGUACGCCCAACUGCUGUGCGGCCUGGUCCAGCGCGCCGACGUGGUCCGGGUGGGCGCUGUGUUCGCCUCCGGCUUCCUUCGGGCCAUCAAAUUCCUGGAGAAGCACUGGCCCCGCCUGUGCUGCGACAUCCGGACCGGCAUGCUGGACACCGAGAUCACCGACCGGGCCGUGCGUGAGGCCGUCGAGCGCGUGCUCCGGCCGGACCCCGGGCUCGCAGGCGAGAUCGAGACCGAGUGCAGCAAGGCCUCGUGGCAGGGCAUCAUCCGCCGGAUAUGGCCGAACACAAAGUACAUCGACAUCAUCGUCACCGGCGCAAUGGCGCAAUAUAUUCCCACUCUCGAAUUCUACGGCGGCGGACUCCCAUUGGCAUGCACGAUGUACGGGUCGUCGGAGUGCUACUUCGGUAUCAACCUUAAUCCCAUGUGCAAGCCUAGCGAGGUUGCCUACACCUUGAUCCCCACCAUGGCCUACUUUGAGUUCCUUCCGGUCCAUCAUAUCAACCACGGCGCCAAGGACUAUGAUCAACGUGACCUGGUCGACCUCGUUGAUGUGAAGCUCGGGCAGGAGUACGAGCUCGUCGUCACUACCUACUCUGGGUUGUAUCGAUAUAGAGUCGGCGACGUGCUUAGGGUCGCCGGAUUUAAGGACAAGGCACCGCAGUUCAAUUUUGUGCGGCGGAAGAAUGUGGCCCUAAGCAUUGAUUCGGACAAAACGGACGAAGUGGAGCUCCAUGCAGCGGUGAGGAAUGCGGUGAACCACCUGGAGCCAUUCGGGGCGUCGCUGGUGGAGUACACAAGCUAUGCCGACACCUCGAGCAUUCCCGGCCACUACGUGCUCUUCUGGGAGCUGAAGGCGGGUGGGACGGCCGUGCCGCCGUCGGUGUUUGAGGACUGCUGCCUGGCGGCGGAGGAGUCUCUGAAUAGCGUGUACCGGCAAGGGCGGGCGUGCGACAAGUCGAUCGGGCCGCUGGAGAUCCGAGUGGUGGAGGAGGGGACGUUCGACAAGCUCAUGGACUAUGCGUUGAGCCAGGGAGCAUCGAUCAACCAGUACAAGGCACCGCGGUGCGUGCGAUCGGGGCCCGCCGUCGAGCUGCUCGACGGCCGGGUACAGUCCCGGUUCUUCAGCCCAAAGUGCCCCAAAUGGGUUGCCGGACACAAACAAUGGAUCAUAGAUAAUGGUGGCGUCUAAUAAGGAACCUUCGAUAAAAAAAAUUGAGAUGUUAGCCUUCAAUUAAUCAUGGCAGUCACCACCUUUAGAGCUAGAUAGGCCUGCCUCCCAUCUCCUUUUUUGCUUUUUGUUGUUUUUCUCCUUAGCUUUCUGUUUGUCUUCCUUUUUGUAUUAGGUGUCGAUGAAGCUAGGAGGACUGAGGACUCCAUCUCCAUUUGUGUAAAAAUUGUUCCAAGGAAGUUUUUAUAUCACUUUUCUGUUUUAACUAAAAAUUUUUAUAUCA